AGUUUGAGAAUAUUAUUAACCGUGUGUAGCGGGCCUUAAAGCUCUAGGAGCGCAGAUCCGAGCCAACCACAAACAGAAAAGAAGUUGAAUUUCCUUGUCACAUCAUUUGGCCUCGAAUGCGAUCAUUGUUGAUCGGUUUUUGUAUACAAAAUGUUCAUUGUUUUCGGUAGUUAAAUUUUUUCACUACGUACGAAAAGCGUGUGUAUGAUGUAAAAAACGUUAAAGUAAAAUUUUAAUGCGUAUAAAAGUUUGCCAAACAAUUGAAACACCUGACGUGAUAUGAAGAAUAAAAAAAAUAUAUAAACAAAAAUUAAAGACAUGUGUGUUGUGUAAAUAGUCACACGAUGUCAGGUAUAAAUUAUUCAAAAGAUCAAAUAGAGCAAAAAAGGUUAUUGGCCUUGCAGCGUAAAGCUGAGAAAGAUGCAAAGAAGACUGCAACAAACAACUCAUUCAACCAGUACAAUUCAACCCCUGGUAAAUCGGGUCUCAAUUUAAAUUCUCCUGAACAUAAUAAAGCACUGAGUUUAAUUCAGUAUGCAUACAAAAAAGAUUCAUGCGGCGCUAUGAGAUCACCAAAAAGUUAUAACAACAGACCAACUCCUAUUGAUGCUAAAAAAUUUUUUGCUCCUGUCACUGUCCUAAUGGGCACUUGUACUAUGAUUACCGAAAACCGCUUCAUGGUUGAUGUUGAAUAUCAUCAAAAACUUAUUGAUGUGUUCAAAACAAUUCCUAGCAAAUUAUAUGAUCAAAAAACUCGUCGUUGGAGUUUCCACAUCUCGGACUAUGAGAAAUUGACUUCAAAGUGUAACGCACUAAGGCCAGAAGUGGUUUUAGCAGGAAUCCCGAGUUAUGUGAUGAAAGUAUUCAAGAAGAGCCUAACCAAACAGACUGAAGUAGAAUUAAUAGAUCUGUCGCCGAUUGACAGUAAACUAACCGAGAGCCUAAUGCCUUUUCAACAAGAAGGAAUUAGAUAUGGAAUAUCAAAAAGAGGUCGAUGUUUUAUAGCCGAUGAUAUGGGACUUGGAAAAACCAUACAAGCUCUAGGUUUGGCACAUUAUUAUCGAGAAAAUUGGCCUCUUUUGAUAGUCACUCCUUCUUCAGUGAGGUACCAAUGGUCUGAAGCAAUUUUCACUUUCCUUCCGAGUGUGCCAGUUCAGAGCGUCCACCAUUUUACCAGUGGUAAAGAUUACAUUGGAAAUAGUCAAAUAACGAUAGUCUCGUACGAUUUGCUGGUCAGAUCGAUCGAAGUGUUUAAACGCCGGACUUAUGGAUUCGUGAUACUUGACGAAUCUCAUACGGUGAAAAGUGGAAAAACCGCGAGGUCGAAAGCGGUACAAGUAAUAACAACGAACGCUUUUCACGUUGUGCUUCUUAGCGGAACACCAGCGUUGUCACGACCAGUGGAGCUUUACUCACAAAUCAGUCUUAUCAUGGGGCACUCUUUUAUGGGAUUUCACGAUUACGGAAUUCGUUAUUGCGCAGGGGAGAAGAAAUCUUUUGGUUGGGAUUAUUCGGGCUCUUCGAACAUGCAAGAGUUACAGUUGUUGUUGAGAGCAUGUUGUUUAAUCAGACGGUUGAAAUCUGACGUACUGAAGCAAUUACCCGAUAAAAUCAGGCAAGUUGUUAUACUAGAUCCGACACUGAUUAAAAAAGCAUCAGAAGAAGCAAAAAAGAUCGCUGCAAAACUGGGAAGCUCGGGAUUGGGACAUCGAGACAGGGAAAACGCUAUAUUAGAAUAUUAUCACGAAUCGAGUGAUCAGCGAGUCUUGGCCGUAUGCAAUUACGUUGCCGAUCUUCUCGAACGUGGACAAAAGUUCCUCAUUUACGCUCAUCAUCAACUUGUUCUUGACUCAAUCUGUCAGCUUUUACAUUCCAAAGACGUCCAAUUUAUACGAAUCGACGGUAAAACUCUUCCGGAUCAGAGAAAAGCCUCAGUUGAUUUGUUUCAAGAGUCAGAUUCAUGUUUGGUUGCAGUUUUAUCGAUAACUGCAGCUAAUGCCGGUAUCACCUUGACCGCCGCUCAGCUUGUGGUGUUCGCUGAACUUUUCUGGAACCCUGGGAUUUUGUGUCAAGCUGAGGACAGAGUUCAUAGAAUCGGUCAGAGCGGGAGUGUGACAAUUCAAUAUCUCGUAGGAAAGAACACAGUGGACGAUUAUCUGUGGCCUCUGAUUCAACACAAAAUUAGUGUUCUGACGAAGGUUGGCUUGGAUCAGAACUUUUGCUUGAAAAAUGCGGAGGUUUCGGAACAAAAGAUGAACGAAGAAAACUCACUGUCGAAGUCUCCAAUUGAAAAGCAGACUUCGAUGGACUCGUUUGUAAGUAAAUGCUCGCCGAACACGAGUCAAGAAAGUGGUCUCAGUAUGAAUAAAGAAAAAAGUACCGACGAGGCUUGUGAGAAUUUCGGAAACUUAUUAGAUCUUGAUGAAGCUGACUUUGCCGACAUCGAUUUCGACGAUGUUUCGUGAUAAUUAAAAAAAAUAAGAGAGACAAUGGACAAAAGAUUGUACAGUUGUGUCGAAGGAGUUGUUACCUCGAAUUUCCACGUUAAAGAUAGGAAUUAUUUUUAUGUAUUCAAUAUAUUUUCGUCGCCAUUAUUUUGUGAUACGAACGAUCAAUUUUGAGGCAAUUAAAGGUCAUUCUAUAUGCAA